CAAAGUACACAGUCAUCUUUAUGUACACCAUUUACAUACAAACUUAGUCACAACCUUCAUAUAUUCUUAUUUGUAGAUCAACAAUGGAUCCCCGUCAUAGUGCCCAGGAUGUGCACCGAUGUGACCUUUGUGAGACCGCCAUAGUACAUAGCUACUGUGACUUUUGUCAUGUCAACCUAUGCAUACCUUGUAUAGGCAAACACAUCUCAGAUGGAUAUGACAAACAUAAAAUUGUCCCUUUUCAAGAACGAAGAUCAACCCUCAUUUAUCCAAAAUGUGAAACACAUCAACAUAAAAAUUGUGAAUUUCAAUGCAAAGAUUGCAACAUCUUUGUUUGUUCUUCUUGUACUGCAUCUGAGCAACACAGAGGACACAUUUUCGAAUAUGUUUCAAAUGUUUACAAGACAAAGAAAGAAAAUAUUGAAAAAGAUGCAGAAGAGUUAGUAAACCUUAUUUCUCCUACAUAUGAAGAAAUUGCACGCGACUUGGAAAAUCAGCUUGCCAACCUGGAUGGAGGAUAUGAGAAACUUACAACAACAAUGUCCAAACAAGGAGAGCAAUGGCACAGAGAAAUCGACAUCGUUAUCAACAAAAUAAAAACUGAAAUCAGCGAGAUAAAAGUGAAACACAGAGACAUUCUACAGAAACAUUUGGAUGAAAUUAAACAGAUACAGUCUCUCAUAAAGCAAACACUUCUCGCCAUAAAGGAAAUCAAGAAAUCCUCUGAAGUAUCUCCAACCAUUGAAUACAGCUCUAGGAUUAGAGAGUUCAGCAAGAUUCCGCCCAAGGUUCAGGUAUCACUGCCAACAUUCAUGCAAAAAUCAAUAAACCGUGAGAAGCUGUAUAGUUUGUUUGGACAGAUCACCCAAUUAUCUACUGCUACAGAAGAAAAUGUCUUGUCAUUGAACCAACCCAAAACUUCAGUCAGAAUACUACUGGAUGAACCUGAACUUGUUACCACAAUACAGACUGGGUAUGAAAAACUACGCAAUGUGACCUGUCUGAAUGAUGGUAGCAUAUGGACGAGUGGAGAGACCAAAGAUAUCAAAUGCUUCAACACUAAAGGUUCACUCCUUCAGACAAUCCAGAAAAAAUCAGGUAAAUUCCCAUAUGAUAUAGCUGUAGAUAGUGAUGGUGAUUUACUAUAUAUCAGUCCAAUAGCAAAGACAGUGUAUGAAGUAGAGAAUGGAGAGGCAGAAGAGUUGAUCAGAUUACACGGAUGGACGCCUCGUCAGCUGUGUGUCACAUCUACUGGUGAUCUCCUGGUUACCAUGUUUAGUGAUGAUAAAACUAAAUCCAAAGUUGUCCGUUACUCGAGAUCUACAAAGAAACAAAGAAUUCAAUUUGAUGAUGAAGGUAAACCUCUGUACUCAGGUAAUGAUAAACUUAAAUACAUCACAGAGAACAGAAACCAUGACAUCUGUGUAGCUGACUGUGGGGCUUGUGCAGUAGUGGUGGUUAAUCAGGACGGGAAACUCAGAUGGAGAUACACCGGUCAUUCCUCAGCUACCAAGAACAGACCAUUUAAACCCUGGGGUAUCACAGCAGACAGCCAGAGUCAUAUCCUGACAACAGACGGUAACAACCAUUGUAUUCACAUUCUGGAUCAGAAUGGACAGUGUCUCCGUAACAUUGAUAACUGUGAUCUGAAGCAUCCUUGGGGUUUAUGUGUGGACAAUAAUGACAAUCUGUUUGUGUGUGAGUAUUUCAGAGGCAAUGUAAAAAAAAUCAAAUUUUUGAAAUAGAUACUGUUAUUUGUGACAAUGAUUGAUUACAACAAACAUGAUUGCUAUAUUCUAAUUUUUUUAUUGAAUUAUUCAAUGAAUUACAAUACGAAUUUCAUCAUACUUACAUGUAAUUAGUUUCAUUCAUGUUUUUAUCAAUAAAAUGUGGUUGUAAAUAG